UGUUCUCCUCAGCUGAGUAAGCAUGCAUUGACACGACAUAGUAAAUACAAAUGGUUCUGAAUAAUGCCCGUAUUAAUCUCUGAUGGACCUGUGAAAUUACUUUAUGGGUCGGAGUUUCCGCAACAGAUAGAAACAUGUUUUCCAAGAUUCUUUGCAAACUUUGUCUUCUUAUUUUUCUAUUGCCAAAUUUUUGCUUAGCGUUCGAGAAAGCUGGAGAAUCAAAAGUUAUUUUAGUCUCAUCAGAAAAUUUUGAAAAUCGAAUUCCUCUUCAAAGCUUUGCUUUGGUUUUGUUCUUUGCACCAUGGCAAGAAUCCUGCAAAGAGUCCCACAAAGUCAUGGAGAGAGUUGCUGAACAUUUUGAGGAAAACAAGGACAUCGUGAUUGCUAAAGGAAAUAUUUAUAAUGAUGGAAAAUUAGCAUCAAAAUUUGGAAUAGAGGACUACUGCAAAAUCAAAUAUUUUGUAAAGGGCAGCAAAGUUGCAGAAAGUUAUGACGGCGACCACACAUUCACAGAAAUUGCCCGUCUGAUAGCGAAAAAGCUUCGCAUCGAUCAUGCAAAAGACUUUCCUAAGAAGCCUUUGAUUCAACUGGACAAUGCAAACUUCGAUAGGAUUGUCAAAGACACCAGUAGAGAUGUGCUUGUACUCUAUACUGCAGAAUGGUGCAUCAAAUGCAAAAACCUGACGCAGAUCAUGAUAAAAGUAGCUGAGACUUUCAAGAAUGAGCCUAAUUGUCUGGUGGCAACGAUAGAUGGCGAGAAAUCCUUUGAUUCGGCUGUGAAAAGCAAGGUGGGAAUGUACCCCACAUUCGUGUUCUUUCCCAAGACAGAUAAAGAUGGACAAGUCUACCUUCCGGGAAAAUUUGACGAGAAUUGGAGUGAACAGAACAUCACAAAGUUCCUGAACAUCAACUGUGAUACAAGUCGAACUACAGGAGGGUUUCUUGACAAAACAGCCGGUCGAUUAGAUGAACUUGAUGUGAUGGCACGAUAUUUUAUGAGAAAUUCGAACAGACGAGAAAAAGCUAUCCGAGAAUCAGUUGAAAUCGUCCAAAAGCUGCCACCUUAUAAGAAAGCCAUUGGUGACUAUUACAUAAAAAUAAUGCAAAAGAUUGCUAGAAAUGGCGAAGACUUCCUCCUUGAUGAAAUCACUAGAACACAGAAACUCAUAUUUGGCAGUGUGGCAUUUAACAUAAAAGAUGACCUAACAAAAAGAAGAAAUAUUUUGCACCAUUUUAGCAACUAUAGAAGAGAUGAGCUAUGAGGAUAAUGGGAUAGAUAAAAAUGCCAUGCAGAUCAUCAAAAACAUUCUCGUGAAUGAAACUUACAAGAAUGGGUGAAACUGAAAAGGCAGCACAAGAGAUGUUGAUUUGACAUUCUGCUGACCAAUCAGACGUAUGCAUAAAAUACUAGCUAUAUUGUGUAGAUUGAUGUGUCACAUCUGUUUUUGAAUGUAAAUCAAUGUUACUUA